CGGGCCGGGCUGGAGUGCGGCGAGAGCUGGCCGGGUCGAGCGCAGCGCCCGGGAGGCAGCAGCGGCCCGGGCGAGGCGCGGCGCGGGAGCCAGAGCAGAGGAGCGUAAGGGCGGCGGCUAUGGGCUAGCGGCGCCGGGCCGAGCGGAGGGCAGCGCCCGCGCCGCGCCGCGCCGCGCGAAGAAGCCCCGCACACAAUAGCGGCGCGCGCAGCCCCGCGCCCUUCCCCCGCCCUCGCGCGCGCCCGACCCCCCUCGCGCGCGCCCUCCCCCGCGCCCCGCGCCGCCCGGGGGAGCCGAGCCCGCCGCCUCACCUGCCGCCCGGGAGGGGGCGGGCAUUGUUCGCCCGCCGCCGUCGCCACCGCCGCGCGGGGACAUGGGGGCCGCCCGGCGCCUGGGACCGGGCCUGGAGAGGUCGCCGAGCCACCACUGAGGCGGGCCCCGCGCGCAGCCGGGCGGUGCAGGUGAGGCCGGCCGCGCCAUGGUGGACCCGGUGGGCUUCGCUGAGGCGUGGAAGGCGCAGUUCCCGGACUCGGAGCCGCCGCGCAUGGAGCUGCGCUCGGUGGGCGACAUCGAGCAGGAACUGGAACGCUGCAAGGCUUCCAUCCGUCGCCUGGAGCAGGAGGUGAACCAGGAGCGCUUCCGCAUGAUCUACCUGCAGACGCUGCUGGCAAAGGAGAAGAAGAGCUACGACCGGCAGCGCUGGGGCUUCCGACGCGCGGCGCAGCCUCCCGACGGCGCCGCUGAGCCCCGCUUGUCCGCACAGCGCCCGCAGCCCGCGUCGGCUGACGGCACGGACCCGCCGCCCGCGGAGGAGCCCGAGGCCCGACCCGACGGAGAGGGCUCCCCGAGCAAGGCCAGGCCCGGGGCCGCCCGCAGGCCCGGGGCCCUCGCGACCGCGGACCGGGAAGACCGCGGACCCCCCACCAGCGUGGCGGCGCUCAGGUCCAACUUUGAGAGGAUUCGCAAGGGCCACGGCCAGCCUGGGGCGGCGGACACCGAGAAGCCCUUCUACGUAAACGUCGAAUUUCAUCACGAGCGCGGCCUGGUGAAGGUCAACGACAAAGAAGUGUCGGACCGGAUCAGCUCUCUGGGCAGCCAAGCAAUGCAGAUGGAGCGUAAGAAGUCUCAGCACGGCACCGGGCCGAGCCUGGGGGACGCGCCCAGGUCCUCUUACCGGGGCCGUACCUCGGAGAGCAGCUGCGGCCUCGACGGCGACUACGAGGACGCAGAGCUGAACCCCCGCUUCCUGAAAGACAACCUGAUCAACGCCAACGGCGGCAGCAGACCCUCUUGGCCACCCCUGGAGUACCAGCCCUACCAGAGCAUCUACGUUGGAGGUAUGAUGAUGGAAGGGGAGGGCAAGAGCCCGCUUCUGCGUAGCCAGAGCACCUCGGAGCAGGAAAAGCGCCUUACCUGGCCCCGCAGGUCCUAUUCCCCUCGGAGCUUUGAGGACAGCGGAGGCGGCUACACCCCAGAUUGCAGCUCUAACGAGAACCUCACCUCCAGCGAGGAGGACUUCUCCUCGGGCCAGUCGAGCCGAGUGUCCCCCAGCCCCACCACCUACCGCAUGUUUCGAGACAAGAGCCGGUCACCCUCACAGAACUCACAGCAGUCCUUUGACAGCAGCAGCCCCCCGACGCCGCAGUGCCAGAAGCGGCACCGGCAGGGCCAGGUCAUCGUGUCGGAGGCCACCAUCGUGGGCGUCCGCAAGACGGGGCAGAUCUGGCCCAGCGAUGGGGACAGCUUAUCCGGCAGGCUGCCUCAGGAUGGCACCUUCCAGGGAGACGCAGAUACUUCGUUUGGAACGCCACCUGGCUACGGCUGUGCUGCAGACCGGGCUGAGGAGCAGCGCCGGCACCAAGAUGGGCUGCCCUACAUCGAUGACUCACCUUCCUCCUCACCCCACCUUAGCAGCAAGGGCAGGGGCAGCCGGGAUGCACUGGCUUCGGGAGCCCUGGAGUCCACCAAAGCGAAUGAGCUGGACCUGGAAAAGGGCUUGGAGAUGAGGAAAUGGGUGCUGUCUGGAAUCCUGGCUAGCGAGGAGACUUACCUGAGCCACCUGGAGGCACUGCUGCUGCCCAUGAAGCCUUUGAAGGCUGCUGCCACCACCUCUCAGCCGGUGCUGACAAGCCAACAGAUCGAAACCAUCUUCUUCAAAGUGCCUGAGCUCUACGAGAUCCACAAGGAGUUCUAUGAUGGGCUGUUUCCCCGAGUACAGCAGUGGAGUCACCAGCAGCGAGUGGGUGACCUAUUCCAGAAGCUGGCCAGCCAGCUGGGUGUGUACCGGGCCUUUGUAGAUAACUACGGAGUUGCCAUGGAAACGGCUGAGAAGUGCUGUCAGGCCAAUGCUCAGUUUGCAGAAAUCUCUGAGAACCUGAGAGCCAGAAGCAACAAGGAUGCCAAGGACCAGACGACCAAGAACUCUUUGGAAACCCUGCUCUACAAGCCUGUGGACCGGGUGACGCGCAGCACGCUGGUCCUGCAUGACUUGCUGAAGCACACACCCUCCAGCCACCCCGACCACCCUCUGUUGCAGGAUGCCCUACGUAUCUCACAGAACUUCUUGUCCAGCAUCAAUGAGGAGAUCACGCCCCGCCGCCAGUCCAUGACUGUGAAGAAGGGAGAGCACCGGCAGCUGCUGAAGGACAGCUUUAUGGUGGAGCUGGUGGAGGGGGCCCGCAAGCUGCGCCAUGUCUUCCUGUUCACCGACCUGCUCCUCUGCACCAAGCUCAAGAAGCAGAGUGGAGGCAAAACCCAGCAGUAUGACUGCAAAUGGUACAUCCCGCUUACGGAUCUCAGCUUCCAGACAGUGGAUGAGUCGGAGGCAGCUCCCAACAUCCCCCUGGUGCUGGACGAGGAGUUGGAUGCCAUGAAGAUCAAGAUAUCCCAGAUCAAGAACGAUAUCCAGAGAGAGAAGAGAGCAAACAAGGGCAGCAAGGCCAUAGAGAGGCUGAAGAAGAAGCUCUCAGAGCAAGAGUCACUGCUCCUGCUUAUGUCCCCCAGCAUGGCCUUCAGGGUGCACAACCGCAAUGGCAAGAGUUACACAUUCCUUAUCUCAUCUGACUACGAGCGUGCUGAGUGGAGAGAGAACAUCCGGGAGCAGCAGAAGAAGUGUUUCAAAAGCUUCUCCCUAACAUCUGUGGAGCUGCAGAUGCUGACCAAUUCGUGUGUCAAACUUCAGACCGUCCACAGCAUUCCACUGACCAUCAACAAAGAAGAUGAUGAAUCUCCAGGGCUCUACGGGUUCCUGAAUGUCAUCGUCCACUCUGCCAGCGGCUUUAAGCAGAGUUCAAAUCUGUACUGCACCCUGGAGGUAGAUUCCUUCGGUUAUUUUGUGAAUAAAGCCAAGACUCGCGUUUACAGAGACACAGCUGAGCCCAACUGGAAUGAGGAGUUUGAGAUUGAGCUGGAAGGCUCCCAGACCUUGAGGAUUCUCUGCUAUGAAAAGUGUUACAACAAAACAAAGAUCACCAAGGAGGAUGGCGAGAGCACAGACAGGAUCAUGGGGAAGGGCCAGAUCCAGCUGGACCCGCAGGCCCUGCAGGACAGAGACUGGCAGCGGACUGUCAUUGCCAUGAAUGGGAUCGAAGUGAAACUCUCCGUCAAGUUCACCAGCAGGGAGUUCAGCUUGAAGAGAAUGCCUUCCCGAAAACAGACAGGUGUCUUCGGAGUCAAGAUUGCCGUGGUCACCAAGAGAGAGAGGUCCAAGGUGCCCUACAUCGUGCGCCAGUGCGUGGAGGAGAUUGAGCGGCGGGGCAUGGAGGAAGUAGGCAUCUAUCGCGUGUCUGGAGUGGCCACAGACAUCCAGGCGCUGAAGGCAGCCUUUGACGUCAAUAACAAAGAUGUGUCCGUGAUGAUGAGUGAGAUGGAUGUGAAUGCCAUUGCUGGAACACUGAAGCUGUACUUCCGCGAGUUGCCAGAACCCCUCUUCACCGACGAGUUCUACCCCAACUUUGCUGAGGGCAUUGCUCUUUCAGACCCUGUUGCAAAGGAGAGCUGUAUGCUUAAUUUGCUGCUGUCCCUCCCAGAGGCCAACCUGCUGACCUUCCUCUUCCUUCUGGACCACCUGAAAAGGGUGGCAGAGAAGGAGACCGUGAACAAGAUGUCCCUGCACAACCUUGCCACAGUCUUCGGCCCCACACUGCUCCGGCCAUCAGAGAAGGAGAGCAAGCUCCCUGCCAACCCCAGCCAGCCCAUAUCCAUGACCGACAGCUGGUCCCUGGAAGUCAUGUCCCAGGUCCAGGUGCUGCUGUACUUCCUGCAGCUGGAAGCCAUUCCCGCCCCAGACAGCAAGAGACAGAGCAUCCUGUUCUCCACUGAAGUCUAAAGGCUCAGUUUCAUCUCUGAGAGGCCAGCAGAACGACCUGGAAACCUGGAAAACCGGGCAAUCCACAGAGCAGGAACCGAAUCUUCUUGAGGAGUAAUUGGGCUGCCCCACCCCCAAGGGCUGGACUACCCUUGUGUAGGAACUGCCUAGAGACGACUAUCCAAGGCAAAAGGCUAAGUGGCCUGGGCAGUUGUGGACCAUCCCCCACCCUAAUCACCGGCCCUUGCGCCUGUGAGCUCACAAGGGGCCUCAGACUGUGGUUUUCCAUGAUGCCACCAGAGGGCGCCCCAAGCCAGCAUGCCUCCGCGCGCAGCAAGCCUGGCGGUGGGACCAGGUGAAGGGAGUGGUUUCCGCGAACUUACCAGAGUUUGAGAUUUCUACUGGAACGCUUGUCAAGAUGCAUCCUCUCCGGGGAGAAGGAACGUGACCAGAUUCCCUCACUAUCAUGUCUUGAAUAAACACCGAUGCUGCUUCGUACCGUGGGGGCCACAGCCCUGUCCCUCUGUGGGUGGGGGCUUUUCAGUUUCCCUGACUUAGAAAUUUGACUCUGUUUGUGUAACAGGGUUUGAAAAGCUAAGUCAACACUGUGUAGCGUUUGACCUCUUUCGCCUCCUUCCUUCUCUUUCUUUCUAGAAGGAACUCUGUCCAGAUAUGGGUCUUUCUAUUCUGUCCCGUUGCUUUGCUUUUGCUAUUCAUGUGCGCCUCAGAAGGCAGCUCCCCGUGGAGCCUUGUAACGUCUGUCUGUCUGUCCAGGACCAACACCAGGGGGAGGGAGGCCCAGGCUGUGCACUUUAUGGCUUCUUCUCCAGGGAUAGUGACCCUGUCCACUGCCUGCUGGGCACAAGCUCUCCUCUUUGGCUUAAAAAGACCUCAGCCUUUCUGGCUUCCUCCAGCCUGUUGCCCCCUUUGCCCACACCCUCCUUCCCCUGCUGAUCGUCCCCCUCCCCCACCAGUCACUUCAUUCUCUUGCUCUCUGCUGAACAAACUCAGUAAACUUUUGUAAAAGUUUCCUCUGGGCAGCAA